GACGCCGUUUGCUCAGUGCCAGAGGACAUGGACUGUGGACGGGGCCGGUGCUGAGAGCGGCAGGCCCGGGAUAUAUACACUUAUCACACGCCAGGAUGAGCGGGGGCAGCUCAGCUUCGGGCUCGGCCGCCCCUCCUUGUCGCUUCGCCCAUUACUUCGUGAUCUGCGGGACGGAUGCGGACAGCGGGCUGGAGCCUGACGAGCUGGCCGUUUUAUACCAGUGGCUAGAAGCAGACCUGCAUGGCAGAAGCCAAGACGGUGAAAACUUUGACCAAAGCCCUGUGAGAAGAACCUUCAAGUCAAAAGUCCUCGCCCACUAUCCUCAGAAUGUGGAAUGGAAUCCUUUUGAUCAAGAUGCUGUCAACAUGCUCUGCAUGCCCAAAGGCCUGUCCUUCAGGACACAGGCAGACAACAGGGACCCCCAGUUCCACUCAUUCAUCAUCACAAGAGAAGACGGUUCCAGAACCUACGGAUUUGUCCUCACGUUCUUCGAGGAGGUGACAAGCAAGCAAAUCUGCACAGCCAUGCAGACGCUAUAUCAGAUGCACAACGCAGAGCAGUGCAAUAGUGUCUACGCCUCGUCCUCGUGCAGCAUGGACUCGUUAGCGAGCAGCGUUGAUGAUGGUGACGCCACAUCUCUAGCCAAGCUCCAGCGCUAUAACUCUUAUGACAUCAGCAGGGACACACUCUACGUAUCCAAAUGUAUAUGUCUGAUAACUCCCCUCCCGUUCAUGCAGUCCUGCAAGAAAUUCUUGACUCAACUUUACCAAGCCGUUACAUCCACCCAGCCCCCACCAUUACCUCUAGAAAGUUACAUCCAUAAUAUCCUCUAUGAAGUGCCACUUCCAGCACCGGGGAGGUCACUGAAAUUUUACGGUGUCUAUGAGCCGAUCGUUUGUCAACGGCCAGGACCGAGUGAGCUCCCCCUGUCUGACUACCCUCUGAGGGAGGCCUUCGAGUUACUGGGAUUGGAGAACCUUGUCCAGCUCUUCACUUGUGUUUUACUGGAGAUGCAGAUCUUGCUCUACUCCCAAGAUUACCAGCGCCUGAUGACUGUAGCCGAGGGGAUAACCUCGCUCCUUUUCCCCUUCCAAUGGCAGCAUGUGUACGUCCCUAUCCUGCCAGCCUCCCUGCUCCACUUCCUCGAUGCCCCUGUGCCAUACUUGAUGGGCCUGCAGUCAAAAGAAGGCACAGACCGAUCCAAACUUGAACUCCCACAGGAGGCUAACCUGUGUUUUGUGGAUAUCGAUAACCACUUUAUUGAGUUACCAGAGGAAUUCCCUCAGUUCCCAAACAAAUUGGAGUUCAUCCAGGAAAUCUCUGAAGUUCUUCUGAACUAUGGGAUUCCCCCAGAGGGAAAUUUACAUUGCAGCGAGAGCGCCACCAAGCUGAAGAGCCUCAUGUUUGAUGACUUGGUGAAUGACAAAAAGAAUGGGAACAUUUCCAGUCACAACAUAAACAUGUAUGAGCUGCUCAAAGGUAACGAGACCAUGGCACGACUGGAAGCUCUAACCAAAAGGACGGGGAUAAACAUGGAUAAGAUCAGUAUCAGCGUUCCUCUGACGGACACGGAGGACGUCCACAAGCUCCAGUGUACGGAGAAGGAACUGAAGGAUUAUAAACUCAAUGUGCAGAUUCGGGAAGUGUUCGCUAAUCGCUUCACACAGAUGUUUGCCGACUAUGAGGCCUUCGUCAUCCAAGCCGCACACGAUAUGGAGUCCUGGCUAACAAACAGAGAGCAGAUGCAGAACUUUGACAAGGCCUCUUUCCUGUCAGAUCAGCCUGAGCCGUACCUCCCAUUCCUCUCUCGAUUUAUUGAGACGCAGAUGUUUGCCACGUUUAUCGACAAUAAAAUCAUGUCACUGUGGGAAGAGAAGGAACCUUUGCUCCGAGUUUUUGAUUCUCGCAUUGAGAAGAGCCGGCUUUACAAUGUGAGAGCACCAGCCAUUCGGACCUCCACGUACCAGUCAUGUACCACCUUGAAAGAAGCCGCUCAAUCCAUCGAGCAGCGUCUGACAAAGAUGGAUCACACAGCCAUCCGCCCUCACCUGCUGGACAUGAAAAUUGGACAAGGAAAAUACGAGCAAGGAUUCUUCCCCAAGCUGCAGUCGGAUGUUCUGAUGAAUGGGCCGAUCAACAACAACCGCUGGGUCAGCCGGAGCGCCACGGCACAGCGCAGGAAGGACCGCCUGCGGCAGCACUCUGAGCACCUCGGGCUAGACAACGACUUGAGGGAGAAAUAUAUGCAGGAAGCCCGGUGCUUGGGGAAAACCGUUCGGCAGCCCAAACUGUCAGAUCUUUCCCCAGCGGUGAUUGCACAGACUAACUCAAAGUUUGUUGAAGGGUUACUGAAGGAAUGCCGAAUGAAGACAAAGCGAAUGCUGGUAGAGAAGAUGGGACAUGAAGCGGUGGAGCUGGGACACGCAGAUGCAAAUAUAACAGGAUUAGAAGAGAACACGCUCAUCGCCAGCCUGUGUGACCUGCUGGAGAGAAUCUGGAGUCAUGGUCUUCAGGUCAAACAGGGGAAAUCUGCAUUAUGGUCUCAUCUGCUCAAGUACCAGGAAAGGGAAGAGAGGAAUGAACAUCGUCUUGAAUCGCCAAUUGCACUGGGUCCUGAGCGCAGGAAAUCUGACACUGGUGUUCCGAUGCCGUCAUUGCGUGUGUCACUAAUUCAGGACAUGAGACAUAUUCAACACUUGAGUGUUAUAAAGACUGAUGUGGGCAGAGCUCGGGGCUGGAUACGACUUUCCCUGGAGAAGAAAUUGCUUUCCCAGCAUCUCAAGCAGCUUCUCACCAAUCAGAUGCUCACCAAGAAAUUAUACAAACGUUACGCCUUUCUGCGUUGUGAGGAGGAGAAGGAGCAGUUUCUCUACCAUCUCCUCUCCCUGAAUGCUGUGGACUACUUCUGCUUUACCAGUGUAUUCACAACUAUCAUGAUUCCAUACCGAGCACUGAUUAUCCCCAUCAAGAAGCUAAGCAAUGCAAUCACCACAUCCAAUCCAUGGGUGUGCGUUUCUGGCGAGCUGGGGGACACCGGAGUCAUGCAGAUCCCUAAGAACUUGCUGGAGAUGACAUUUGAGUGUCAGAAUCUGGGCAAGCUCACCACAGUCCAGCUGGGGCAUGACAACUCAGGACUUCUGGCCAAAUGGUUGGUCGACUGCGUCAUGGUCAGAAAUGAAAUAACUGGGCACACGUACAAAUUCCCAUGUGGACGUUGGUUGGGAAAGGGAGUAGAUGAUGGAAGCCUGGAAAGGAUCCUGAUUGGAGAGCUUAUCACCCCUGUGUCUGACGAUGAUCUUGUAAAGCAAAGUCGGACCCCACCUCUACAGAAAUCCCCCACUAUGGCCCGCAGGCUGAGCAUUACCACCCUAACAGGGAAGAAUUCCAAACCAAAUGCCGGCCAGAUUCAGGAAGGAAUUGGGGAAGCUGUGAACAAUAUUGUAAAACAUUUUCACAAGCCGGAAAAAGAGAGAGGCAGUUUAACCAUCCUGCUCUGCGGAGAAAACGGCCUCGUCUCAGCUUUGGAGCAAGUGUUUCAUCACGGGUUUAAAUCUGCCCGUAUUUUCCACAAGAGUAUCUUCAUCUGGGAUUUCAUAGAAAAGGCUGUGAUUUUCUUUGAAGCUACUGAUCAAGUUGGAGAUGGCGAGGAAGACCAGCUUCUGCAGAGAUCAUCCUGUAAAACUUUCUGCCACUAUGUGAACCGCAUAGUAGCGGCUCCCAGAAACAUUGGCAAGGAUGGGAAGUUUCAGCUGCUCGUGUGCCUCGGAGCAAGGGAUCACUUACUUGCCCAGUGGAUUUCCCUUUUGGCUGAGUGUCCGGCCAUCACUCGGAUGUACGAAGAGACUGCUCUGCUAAGGGACACCAUGAUGGUGAAUUCUCUUGUCCGGGUCCUGCAGACUCUACAAGAUUUCAACAUUGUCCUGGAAGGGUCACUUACUAAAGGAGUAGAUGUUUAGUACUUCGUUUGGGAACUCAAAAAUAGCUUUCACUUUUUCUGGAAUUUUUUCUUUUUUUUUCUUUUUUUUUUUUUUCAGAGCGGUGUCUGAACCUUUAUAAUGUUCUACAGAGUUCUGUGGUGCAAUACACUGAAUUAGUAGCAAGUCACUGGAAGCCGCUGCAAAGCGCUUCAGCGUCAAGCCGGCAGGACUCUGAAUGGUAGCCUUGCCGCGGGCCGUCUCGACACUGUUGCUUAGUAAAUUUGAAUCAGAUAUUUAGUACAAUAGAGUAUUUUUCCUGUUGUGUCUGUAAAUACUGCUGUAGUUUUUUAAAGAGCCAGAAUAUAUUACAGGUGGAUUUACCUUCUACUUAUUUCUAAUUCUGAAGUUCUUCCUGGAUGGUAGGACGAUUGCAAGAAUUUCUUCUCCCUAAAACGGUGCUCAGAUCAUUUGUUCAGCAGAUGCUCAUUUGUUUCCGUUACAUAGACAGUUCUUCUGAGCCAUAGAAAAUAGGCACUUGAAUACAGUAAAUGCGGCAACUUUUUUUUUUUUUCUUUUUUUUUUUUAGCUGCCGAUCAGGAAUUUUUUUUUUUUUUUUACUAGGAACCAGUGAAAUAAUGGAGUUUGCCACUUAUGCACUCGGCAUGCAGAUUAUCCCUUCACUGGAACCUGUUACUGAGAUGCAGUUUCCAAUUUCACUAAAGCUAGUGACAUUGCUGCGCAAUACAGCCUAUCCCUUUACUAGAACCAGUGACAUUACUGCGCAUGCAGCGUAUGCCUUCACUAGAGCCGGGACAUCACUGAGGAUGCAGUCUAAUCUUUCACUAGAGUCAGUGAUGCCACUCAACAUGCAGUUUACACCUUCACUAAGCUUGCAGCGUGUCACUUGACUAGCGCCAAUGACCUAACUGAACACGCUAUUUCUGCCUUCACUAAAACUGAUGACAUCAUUGAGCAUGAAGCCUGUCCUUCCCUAGAUUUAGUGGCAUCAUUGUGCAAGCUGCCAAUCGGUGACGUCACCGAGCAUGCAGCUUAUUCCAUACUAGAAGCGGUGACAUCAAAGAGCGUUCAGUUUUCACUGGAAACAAGACCUAGUGUUGCAUAGGUAUGGGUUUGAUUCUCAAACUGGUUGCUUUAACAUAUCACAAAUAUAUUUUCGCAAUUAUAUCAUUAGCCCCAAAAUGGGCACAACCACCGCGUACAGGUUUCAGAUAUAUUCCAAAUUUGAUAAACCAUAAGCAUGCUUAAAGAAAUGAUGCAAGUUGUAAAUACCUUGAUAAUCCUAAAGCAACUAUUUUCCUAAGUUAUAUUGCAAGAAACCACUGCGAGUAUUAAGACGUGGCCAUCUCUCGUGUUGGUCUUUUAUAUUGUUCAUGUACCUCCUACCUGUAGGACCUAAAGCAUUUCCGUUUUUCCUUGUCCUGACUCAUGGAUUUCAUUUUAUGACUGAAAACUGUUUUACAUCUCAGUAAACAUGUAAUGGGGGAAGACUGGCCGGAAUUUUCCAAUUUUGACAUUGGGAGAAUCGAGAAGCUGUGAUAUUAUGCAUUUAUUGCAUAGAUUACUUAUUCUAUAGCAACUACUCCUAUUUUUCUAAGUCUCAUCAUGGUGUGAUUGUUGUUCCAUUUAAUGGGAAUAUCUAUGUCGGUCAAAUGAUACUAGAGUUUUUUUUUUUUCCGUAAUCAUUUUAGUGUAAAUCUACCUAUUUAUUCGCAUACACUGGGAUUUUGGGGGUCAGGGGUUGACUUAGAGAUAUUUUGCACUACUUGUUACAUUUGAUAAGGGGGUUAUACUGUGUGAAAGUAAAACUUCCAUUAACUGUAUAUGUUGAUCCACUUUUUUUUUUUUCUUUUGCACCUUUUAGUUGUUUUUCUUUUUCUUGUCAUCUGCAGAGAACCUGAAAUGCGUUGUCAUGUUUAAAGGGGACCUACACCUCUACUGAAAGCACAACAGAUGCUGCAGCGCUUCUUCAGCAUGCGGAGUACAGACUGUAUAUACUUUUUAUGGAUCUGUAUUCCACAUGCACAGUACUCUGAGAAGCGAUGCUGCACUUUCCGUACUUUCAGUAAAGGUUUAGGUGCUCUUUAAGGCCUCUUUCACAAGAGCGUGAUUGAUCGGCUCCGGGUGCGUUCAGUGAAAUUCGCACCAUUUUGCAACCAAGUUCAUUCAGUUUUGUCUGCGAUUGCGUUCAGUUUUUUUUCC